GGUGCCGGGGCGGCAGUCUGACGACGGAGCGGGGAUGGACGGGUCGGAGCGGGGAUGAACGGGUCGGUGCGGGGAUGAACGGGUCGGUGCGGGGCCCGUGCGGGCUCGGCGAGGCUCUGCCGCCCGGGGCUCGCCCCUUGGUCAGCGCCCUCAUGUUCUCCGCGGGGCUCCUGGGCAAUCUCUUGGCUCUUGGGUUGCUCCUGCGUUGCCGUCGGGGACCUCGCUCCCACCCGCCGUCCCUUUUCCACGUCCUGGUGUUGGCCCUGGUGGUCACCGACCUUCUGGGCACCUGCUCCGUCAGCCCCUUCGUCUUGGCUUCCUAUCAUCGCAACCGCACCUUGACCUCCCUGGCUCAAGGAGGACACAUCUGCAGCUACUUUGGCUUCGCCAUGAGUUUCUUCGGCCUCGCCACCAUGCUCAUCCUCUUCGCCAUGGCGCUGGAGCGAUGCCUGGCCCUGGGGCAGCCUUACUUCUACAAACGCUUUCUCAGCCCCCGCACGGGUUUGGUUGCCCUGCCCGCCAUCUACAUCUUCUCGGCAGCCUUCUGCUCCUUGCCGCUGUUGGGCUUCGGGCAGUACGUGCAGUAUUGCCCCGGCACUUGGUGCUUCAUCCAGAUGCACCUGGACUACCCCCAGCCCAACGGUGGUGGGGAGGUGUCCAAGUUGGACGUCACCUUCUCUCUUCUCUACGCCACCCUGCUCCUCUUCCUCAUCCUCUCCGUACUGCUCUGCAACCUCAGCGUCAUCGCCAACCUGGCCCGUAUGCGUCGCCGUGGGCAGAAGACACGCCGGCUGGCCACGCUUGAGCAGCCCCGACCGGCCGGCAGCUGUGGCCAGCGCAUGUUCUCCAUGGCUGAGGAGAUUGACCAUCUCCUUCUUCUCUCCAUCAUGACCAUCAUCUUCGUCAUCUGCUCCUUGCCAUUCACGAUCCGCGCCUAUGUGAACAAGUUCAGCAAGGAAGAAGACAAACAUGACUGGGACCUCCUAGCCCUGAGGUUCCUCUCCAUUAAUUCCAUCGUUGACCCUUGGGUCUUUGCCAUCCUGAGGCCGCCGGUCCUGCGGUUCAUGCGCUCGGUGCUGUGCUGCCAGGUGACACCUGGAAGCCAGGACAGACAGACUCCGUCCCCUGCAAAGACAAAACUGGCAGCACGACAGGACCCCUGUGGGCCGUAGAUACGUUGGCCGUUCCAGGAGACGUCUGCCAGGUGAAGCACAGCCCUGGAAGAUGUUAAUGAAGCUCUGCCUUAUGGCUCAUGAAGAGACGUAUCUCCUGCAGGGCAGGCCAGGUAUGGGUGGCCCUGCCAGGUGUCACCGAGUGUCUGGGAAGCCCCUGCAAAGCCAGUGUGGUCUCUCACAGGACAGAAAAUACAGUGGGGUAGGAUUGGAGGGGCUGAUGAGUACCUGGAUGUUGUUGUCACCCUUGGAGGUGCUUCUCCCGCCUGGGAAAGGGUGCAGGAUGUGUUCUCCUGUGCUGCGGGAGGUUUGGGGGGUGAAGCACGGGGGGCUUUGCUGUGACACGACAGCUGAGAGGGCAAUGUUGAGGAGCAGAGCUUCCUGCUGCUUUGUUGCCCAGCACCAUCCCUGUGGUUGUUUUGGGUUGAAGGCACCAUGCAAGCAAGGGUAGAGGUCCUGGAGAAGGGGCUGGGCAGCCACCGAUGCUGCAAGCACGCGUCUCUGCCCCUGCGUCCCUAGGGACAGGGUAGGAGAGGAAGGGAGCAGUGUACCCCCAAAUAUUCCCCUUUAUUUGGUAGGCUGGUUGCCUAAAGAAUGCAUGUUAUCAGGUGUAGGUCUGUGUGCAUGUGUCUGUCUGUCUGUCCAUCCCCCACCUCAGAGAUUUUAGGCUCCAGUGGGUGUCAGCCCAGCAUGUCUGAAAGGCACCAGGGCAGAAAAUAAGCCAAAUUGUGGCACAUCCCUUGCACUGUGACGGCAGCAGAGCUGUGUGGCCCCUCCUGAGCAAAGCGUCCUCCUGCCAGCCUGUGACAAACCUGCUCAGGGACAUCACUUCUUAAGAGGUUUGGUUUGAAAACAAAAAUAACCUCAAAACCCGAUAAAAAAAAACAUUGUAGAAACAUCCAGGUCAUCAAUCCUGCCCCAUUGGGCAUCCUUCAGCUCCGCUACCAGGUUUUGUGGGAUGUGCCUGGUGUUCUUUGGGGCUCUGGCUUGAUCUCAACUGUGGGAAGGAGCAUCCAACCCUGUGGUCGAGCUGGGUCUGUCUUGAGGUCCUCGCUGCUGGGGCUCGUGGCUCCUGCUCACGCAGCAUCCAACAAACACGAUGUCAUUGUGCUAUUGUAAGAGGGGCGUCUCAUCCAUGAGAGAGCUGCAGCUCUGCUCAGCAAGCCCGAAGGUGCUGAGAUUUGGAGCUUUUCUGCCCUUUGGUAGUUAAGGUGAUGUGAAAAAGAAAAACAGUAGUAUUUAAAUAAUAA